AUGGAUGGUGAAAAGCUUUCUUUGGAGGCUGUCCGCAAAGGUGUGAACUUCGUCAUCGGUCAAGACACAGUUCCUGAUGCACAUUCUUCCAAUGCUGGACGAUGGAAUCGCAGUGGCAAAGACUCCAUCUACUAUGAGGACGAUGCUGAAUACUAUGAUGAUUGGGAAGAAUGGGAACAUGAUGAAGAUGACAUCCAAUGUGCAGAUGAGGGAGCUUCAUACUAUGAGGAUGAUGAAUGUGAAGAGACCUAUGCAGCCCAUGAGGAUGCAGCGACCGAGUACGAUGAGGUGUUGGCAAACUACGUCGAAGCCAAGCAGAAACUGGCACAGCUUCGUGUCUCACGCGGCUUUUUCCCAGUUGUGGCUUUGGCACCAGAUGGCCGAGGACAUGGUGGAAAAGGAUCUUCAAAGGGCAAGCAUGUCAAGGGCAAGGGUAAAACCAAGUCCAAGCAAUUGCCUCGACCUCCUCCACGCCCCAAAGAACGUGGUCGAGCAGCCCUUGGAAGUUCAAGAGUUGGUGCGAGCAAGUGCCUUCGUUGUGGACAAGCAGGCCAUUGGGCACGAGACUGUCCGACGGCUGGAGCUGGAAAACGCAAAGCAGAGACUGAGGUAGGUGACGCUAUGAUGGUAACAUUUGCAGAAUCCACACUGAAGCUUGACGAGAGCUCAGAUGCAACGAUGUUGGAUUGUGGUGCAGCUUCCGUGAUUGCAUCAAAGUUUCAACUCAGAAAGUAUGUCAACUUCCUCAAAGCGGUUGGCUUCAAGGUGGAUGCAAUCCCUGUCUGGCGUUGCAACAAAGGUUUUCGGUUUGGAAAUGGCAACAUGAACACCACGCAAUGGUGCACACUACUCCCCACUUUCUUUGGUGGUGUGCGGCGCGACUUCUUGGCCUAUGUCAUUGAAGGCGAGGCGCCGAUCCUGCUGGGAAGGCCGUUGAUGGAGGCCAUGGACUUAAGUGUCAACUAUGCCCAAGGAGAGAUCAGGUUUGGAACCGACCCUUGGAUCCCAGCAGAGAGAGGUUUGAAGGGUGAGUACAUCAUUCACCUGGCAGCUGAUGUACAUGGUUUGCUGGAUGUGGAACCCCAGUUUGUCUUCCUCCCUGAGGACUUUGACAGCCAAGUGCAGCCCGUACAGAACAGCAUGGAUCAGUUGUUGGACAACGAGGAAAUCCUGGCUGUGGAGCCCAAUCACGAUGCUGAUCAGGAUCUACAACCAGAUUCGCAGCAAGUUUCACAGAAUUUGAUUUUUGCAGAGCACAAGAGCGACAAUGAUCUCAAAGAACCCCACGAUGCAAGUUUCACUUCAACAACUCAUGCUGGCGAAUGCAAUGAGACUCCAAUGACAGCGGCAGAACAACCACCUGUGCAAGAUGCUUCAGCUGAGGUGGACAAAUCCAAGAACGAGCACAAGAGCCUUGACUAUGACUUGUGCCACCUCCCACCUGGCAAACUACGACAUCUCAUGCACUUGACUGCCAAGGACAAGAAAGAGUUUGAUCGAAUCUUGUCUUGCGCUUCAACUGGUGGAAAUGUUGGAAAGAAGAAGCCUUACGUCAUUUGGGAGAUUUUUGCAGGUGCUGGCAGAGUGACCAAGACAGCGAACAGACGAAAUGGUUGCAAAGCUGAACGAUUUUCCUUAGAAGAUGGCUGGGACUUCAACAUUGCGAGUCAUCGCAAAGCCUACUUCAAACGCCUGAAACAAGAACAGCCUGACUGUUGCCUGGUCAUGCCCCCAUGCAAGCUGUGGUCUAUGUUGCAAGAGUUGACAGUGGCCAAACACCCAGACUAUACGGCCAAGUUGACAGCCCUGCGACAGGAGAACCAUGACAACCUCCUGACCUUUGCAGCUUUGGUGUAUGAGUACCAGCGGAGAAAUGGAAAGCUUGGAGUUGCAGAACAUCCACUAAAGUCACGUGCGUGGAGCACGAAAGCCUUCAAGAAGAUGCAAGGAUUUGACACACACAUGUGGAUCAAUGUUGCUAUGGUCUUCAACUUCCAGAUGACUCCGGUGUGGUCAACCCAGUGCAGAAACCAACUUGUUUCAGAGCGACGGGAAAGAUGUUUCAUGACCUUCUUCAGUGCCAAUGCGAUGGACAACAUCGACACACCAGACUUGAAGGACUUUCCUCAAGAGCUUGCGACGGCCAUUGUGGAUGCGAUUUGCGCUCAAUUGGACUAUGACACUGCCAAGAUCUAUGCGAACGAUGCAGGUGAUGUUGCACUGAGCCCUGCUGAAGAGUUUGCAGAGAUGGUUGAGCAACAUCAACGAGAACAACACUUACAACAAGAACAAGAUGUUGAGGUUGAGCAGACUGAGCAGAAUGACCCAGUUGGACUCAAUAAAGCCCUGCGGAAAAGAGUUGGUGGAAGAGCAGUAGACUAUGUCCAGCGGCUCCACAAGAACCUUGGCCAUCCUUCUCAUGGCGUGCUGGAAAAGAUGCUUGCGGAAGUUCAGGCAACCUCCAAUGUGCUUGAGGCUGCAAGAAGCUAUGUAUGUCCAGCGUGCUAUGCCAGAAAGCCCCCUUUUCAAAAUCCUCCUGCUUCAAGCCUGAAAUGCACCGAGUUCAAUGACCGCAUUUUGGUCGAUUCUCACUGGAUUCAAUGCGAGGACAGCAUCAUCAAAAGAGCUGAACCCGCACCUGGAACUCCUGCGCACAAGCGAAGGGAGAAGAACAAAGCCGAGAAAGCCUUCUCUGGUCGUCAAUGUGUUCUCACCAUCAUUGACCAUGCAACCAGGUUUUGCUCAGUGAGAAUUCUCAAACCUGAACGUGCAGAUGAGUUUACAAAAGGUUUGGAGAGAGCAUGGAUCAAGCACUUUGGUUUGCCUCGUUUGCUGAGGAUCGACGAAGCCAAAGGAUGGGCCUCAAAACACGUGCGUGAGUGGGCAGCUUCCAGAGGAAUAGAACUAGAAGUUCAACCAGCUGAGAAUCACCCCUGGCUCUCAGUUGUUGAGAGGAAACACCAAGUUGUUCGACGAGCACUUGAGCUCUACCAGGACGACAUCGGCAAACAUGAUGUUGCAGCGUUGAAAGAAGCAUGCAUCUACGUGCCUCACUCCAUCAACCAGCUGAGCUUCCACCGUGGAGCUUUUGCAAAUGUGCAGCAGAAGCGAGUGAACGCAGCACAAGCUUUCAUUCGAGCUGACUCUGAUGCAAAACUUCGCCGAGCUUUUACCCAGAAGUUUGUGGAGAACCGAGAUGAAGUGGUGGUAGGCCAAGGGUGUUGGUAUUGGCGUGAUGCUGGUGCUGGCAUUUUGAGAAAAGCAAGAUGGAGAGGUCCCGCACGGGUUGUGGCAGUUGAACCUGUGGGAGAUUCCAAAGUUUUGUGGUUGUGCCAUGGAACUUCUUUGGUGCGUUGUGGACCACGACAAGUUCGACCAGUUGUUGAAGAAACAGGUGUUGCAGUUCCUGCUGAUCGAGCAGCAGCCAUGCGUGACCUUGAAGAGCUGAAAGCAAGGUCAACAACCCAGUUCAAAGAUGCUUUGAAACGAGCUGGUGGCAACCCUGACGUUGAUGAGCUGAUGGGAGAUGAGAACGAAAUUGAGGUGAUCUACCGCAUGAUGCGGAGACUUCAGAUGAGUCACCACAAGGCUCACGACCUGGAGUUGUUCAGAUGUUUUUCCCACAACCUCCUCAACAACAACAGCAUGAUGAUGGUUCAGAACGUGGCCGUGAAAGAUCUCCAAGACGCCGUCUAG